GCCGCCAGGGGGCGCUGUCACAUCCGCCGCCGCCGCACGUCGGCGUUCUCGGGCCGCCGGCGCUUCCGGGGCGGCUCAGGCCGGGCCGCGGCGGCCGCAGGAUGCAGCGGUGGCCAGUGCUGCUUUUCCUGGCCUGGGUCUGCUUUCUCUUCUUCUGUGGUAUUGGGCUCUUCAUGAGUGGCUUCCUGCUCACCCGUAUUGAGCUUGCCAACAGCAGUUCCUGCUCAGACCCACUUGCACCACCACCGUGGGACAAGCAGAGCCUUCCCCCAGGCUCCUGUUGGUUGCCCCAGCGCUUUCCCAAGAUCGUGCUUGUUAUCAUCGAUGCACUCCGUUUUGAAUUUGCCUUGUUUAACCCAGCCAAGGUCAACCCAUUGCCCUAUGAGAAUAAGCUGAGUUUUCUGCACCACCUGGCAACCUCUCAACCCCACCAUGCCCGCCUCUACCGCUUCGUAGCUGAUCCCCCCACUGCCACCAUGCAGCGCAUCAAGGGCCUCACCACUGGGUCACUGCCCACUUUCAUUGAUGUGGGCAGUAACUUUGCUACCUAUGCGAUCCAGGAGGACAACCUGCUGGCACAGCUGGUGCAGAAUGGAAGAAGAGUGGUCUUCAUGGGUGAUGAUACUUGGGAAGGACUCUUCCCAAAGAAGUUCUUCCGCUCUUAUUUUUUCCCUUCUUUCAAUGUGAAGGAUCUUCACACUGUGGACAACGGGAUCUUGCAGUAUCUUUAUCCAACUGUGAACAGUGGUGAGUGGGACUUGCUGAUUGCUCACUUCCUUGGUGUGGACCACUGUGGGCACAAACAUGGACCUGACCAUCCUGAAAUGGCCAAGAAGCUUACCCAGAUGAAUGAGAUGCUGAGGUCCUUGGUGGAUCACUUGGGGAAUGACACUCUCCUUCUGGUGGCUGGAGACCAUGGCAUGACAGAGACUGGAGACCAUGGUGGUGACAGCCAGAGGGAAGUGAAUGCUGCACUGUUUGUGUACAGUAAAACACCUCUGUUCGGCACCGACCCUCCCGAGGAACCUGAGGCCAUUCCCCAGGUGAACUUGGUGCCCACUGUGGCCCUGCUGCUGGGUGUGCCCAUUCCCUACAGUAACAUCGGGGAAGUGAUGGCCGAGCUGUUCUCCGGGGAUGGUGACACUGGGUCUGAAGCUUUGCAGCAGCUCUUGGUUUAUCACAUCAAUGCCAAGCAGGUGGACCGCUUCCUGCACUCCUACUCGCUGGUGGCUCAGGACCUGCCAGCAGAGCAGCUCCAGCACCUGCAGGAGCUUUUCUCCAGCGCUGUAGAGGAGCACAUUCAGCUCUUGGCCCAGGUGCAGAGGGCAAUGCUGGUGUCUCCGGAAUUGGAGUCCAAGCUCAGAAGCCUCAUCAGCCGCUUCCAGCUCUAUCUGCGGCAGGCACGGGCUGUGUGCACCCAGUCCUGGGCCCGCUUUCAUCCUCUGCGUAUGGUGGCAGGCUGCACCCUCAUUGCUGCUUCCUGCUUGCUCUGCUAUGUGGCCUCAGAGCUGGCCACACUGUCAGACUCCUUCUAUCGUAGUUGCCUCCUGUAUCCCCUGCUUUGGGGGCUGGUGACAGCUGUUCUGUAUGGGCUAGCCUGUGUGUUCAUCCAGGAGGAGCUGGAUCUUCUCCUGCUGUUGUCUUCGGCAGCUGCAGCAUCUCUACUGGGCUUUUUCUGGCAGUGGUGGGGCUGGCAUCCCAAGAGAGCCCGUUUGUUGGGCAGCCAACCACUCUUGGCCAGCUCUGGUCUGAGGCAAAGGCUGCGAGUGUGGCUGGGGCUGGCCUUCCCCAUGGGCAUUCUCCUUUUCCGCUGUGGAGCUAUGUUCUCUGAUAGCUUUGUGGUAGCUGAGGCCCAAGUUGCCCCAUUCCUGUUGGCCUCAUUGGUGAUGUUGCUGAUAGGAAAGCUCCACUGGGAUGGUCGCCUGACUGUGCCAGAAGGCCACAAACAACAGCCUCUUGGCUUUUCCUCUUACCGAAAAGAGAGCUGGCACCUGCUAUGCCUUGUGGCUGUGCUUCUGGUUUGCCUGCGGCUCUCUGGUUUCUUCCACCAGUGCCGUGAAGAAAUCCCUCAGUGUCGGCCUUCUGUUUUCCUUCCACCUCUUGCCAGCCUGAGAAACACACGGGCCAAGAACCUCUUCUACCUCUUAUGUGUGGCCUUGCUGGCUGGGCUGGUGUAUGCAGUGCGGAGCUGGUUGCGACACUACGGCAAUCUGAACAGCUCAGACCCCGUUGUGCUCUUUGUGCGCUGGGGUUUCCCACUGGUGGUCCUUUGCAUCGCCUGCUACUGGGCUGUUGCUUCCAGUGCUGAGGACUCUCUAGGCAAGCUGCAGGAGCUGGUGCAAGUGGCAGUCAUUGCCUUUCCAUGGGCUGUCUAUGGGUUAGCGUCUAUUGGGUUGCUGCUCUUGCUGUGCCAUCCCAUGACAGUGUUUGCCAAGGACUCACGGGAAUCUGCAGGAUCCAUUGUCACUCCCUACCAGGGGAUUCCCAGCUCCAAAGUCGACUUGCUCCAGGUCAUCCCUCAGAUCUACAAGAGGAUGCAGGAGUCUGAGAAGAGUCGCCUGGAACGGCGCACCUGCAGGGCCACAGUCGCAGCCUAUGGGCUAGGCAGUGUGUACUCGGCUGCCCUGGUCAUAGCACUUACCCUCCUGGGCUUCCUCUUGAUGCUCCUGCACACUGAGAGGCUCAGUCUUGCCUUCCUACUCCUCUUCCUGGAGGCCUUUGUGCUGCUGCACAUCCACACACGUGCCAGAAGCCUCGCAGGAGACACUGAGUCUUUUUCAGUGCCCUGGUUUGCAGUCAUCUCGUGGCUCCUUGCUGCUUCACAGUUCUUCUAUUCCACGGGCCAUCAGCCCGUCUUCCCGGCCAUCCACUGGAACGCAGCCUUUGUGGGCUUUCACCUUGACCACAGUACAAACCUCGUUCCUGCUGUCCUGGUGGGCGCCAACACGUUUGCCUCCCAUAUCCUCUUUGCAGUUGGCUGCCCUCUGCUCCUGCUUUGGCCCUUUGUGUGUGAGAUGCCCAGCUCACAGAAGAAGAAGUCCAAGAGGGAGUCUCAGGAGGAGCUGCAGACGGUGGACGAACACAUGAUGGAGAUGAGGCUGCGGGAGUCCCCAGAGAAGUUCUCCACUGCUCUGCUGCAGCUGGGGCUGAAGUACCUCUUUGUCCUUGGGGCACAGCUUCUGGCCUGUGUGUGUGCAGCUGUGAUCCUCAGGAGGCACCUCAUGGUCUGGAAGGUCUUUGCCCCAAAGUUCCUCUUUGAGUCUCUGGGCUUCAUGGUGAGCAGCAUCUGCCUCCUGCUGGGGAUCUCCCUGGUGAUGCGUGUGGACUGUGCCGUUAGCACCUGGUUCAGCCAGCUUCAGCUCAGGUAGCACCAAGAUCUGGGGAGCCUGACUUGCUCGUUGGCCAAGGCUGUGUUCAUCUCCCUGAUUCCCUAGCGCCGGGAGGGGUAAAACAGCCAUCAGCAAUGAGUGCCUGCCGACAGCAGUUUGGGAUUAUCCCUAGCUCCCUGCCUCAGUGUUGUGCAAAAGGACCAGUGCCAGCUGUUCCCUGUUCAUCGUGAUGCUCUGCAGGGAGCAUGCUUCUCAGCAAUUGAGGUUGGAACUCUCGUGCAUUUGUUAGCAACAGGAGGAAGCCAAGAAGCAAGAGUCCUGAGGUGCUUCUCUGCAGAAACAACAGCAGGAUGUCUUGCUACUGCAUUCCCAACAACUGCCCCAACUGUGCAGCUUGUAGGCUGCAGUGGUCUGCAAUGUGCCUGGAGAGCAUCAUCUUGCCUGUGCAGAGACACUGACUCACUUGAAGGGGUCUGCUAAGGGGGGAUAGAGAGGAAAGGCUACUAUAACUGCCCUCCAGCUGGGUCCUACAGCCACCACUUCUCUCUGCAUGCUCAGUUUUCAUGCUGGAAACAGAGUGCACGUAAUUAUGUUAGCAGAUGGUUCCCAGGGUCUUGGUUGCACCUGUCCUCCUAUCAGGCUAGUUCAUUGCUCUUAAUGAGGCCUCUCCUGCCCUAUACUCACUCCUGUUUUCCUCAUGUUCCUAAACAGUACUAAGGGCAGAGUAGAGCAGACUGGGCUGUCUUGGAAGCAGGCCUAGUUUUUUGGGAAUAUUAUGGAAGGGUAAAUUGUGUCCACGACUGGGAAAUUCCACUUAUGGCCUUUGCGUGCUUUGCCUACAUAUUCAGGGGUGUAGCAGCUGGGGCUCUUGGUCUCCUCCUGAGCACAUGCUUGGUAGAUUGGGAACAGUUAGUUGCUAGCAGGAUGUAGUGACAGAGCAUUUGAGUCACCCCUGUGUUGGAUUUUGUUAGGAGGAAAGGAGAGUCUCACGAAGCUAACUGCAGGAUUGACCUUGGUGAGAGCUGAGAACAGCUGCUUGAGAUUUGUGAGCAGGUGGCAACUCCUGCAUGGUGGCCUAGCCCACUGAUAUCCAUGUAUGUGCUAGAGGAAGUUUCUGUCACCUUGAUGGCACCCUAGGCAUUGUGGAGGAUGACGUGUGAUUCAGUACUGGGUGCUUGUCACCCUCUUGAUCUUGCUUUUCUGCUCGUGGCUUUGAGCUGCAAGUGAGCUGUCUCAAACCCACUUUUGAGUUUGUUCUAUCAGAUGUAUAUCUGUAUGGGCAGAGGUGGAAGAUGGUGACCAUGGUGCCUGGCUGGAUUCCAGCUAAACUCUCCCUGCACUGUUGAUAGGAGCUGGGAUUCCUUACUGCCCUAUACCACUGUGGUGCUAUGAAAUGCUUUUCAUGUCUCUCCUCUUUGGAAGGAGCUGAGGACUGCCUGUCUGAGGUCCUUCCUUCAGUUUUUGUUCUGGUCCCUGCUUAGUUUUUUGACUCAUGCAUUCUAACUGCUCCUGCUUGAGUUCUUUGCUCAGUCUGAGAAAAUCUGCCUGUGUAACUUCUGUUUCUUCCUCAACUCUGUUCUGGAAGGCUCUGGGGAAAGUGUCUAGCCAUCUCAGUGAUUGUUUGAGUUCUUAUUGUCAUGUCCCAAGUGCCCAGUAGCUGUGGAAAACAUCCUUUCAGGACAGGUUUAGUUUUGUUUCUUGCCCAACCUGGGUGGUAGUGCUUGCUCAGGUGUCAGAGGGAAUUCCAGGGAGGCUUACGUUGCUCUAAUUUUGGACUUUCGUUGCUUGGCCAGCUUCUGUCCUACUGCCUCUGCUCUUUCAUUUCAGCUUUGUAUUUCUCCACCUCUGUGGUCCUGUCCUGCUUAAUUUCACCUGACAAAAGCAGAGACUGGUUUGUAUCUGACAAAACUGCCUUGACUGGGUCACUGCAACUUGGUUGUAUGCGCAGCAGUGCUGGUGCAGGGAAAGGGGCAGUAGCAUGUGGCUGGAAGCUGCAGAGAAACAUUACAGCUCACAAUUAGAUAGGCUUAAGCAGUUUCAUCAUCCUUUAGAUAGGUUAUUGACUAUAUACUGUGACUCCUUGGUGGCCAAAAAGUUUUCAGGUAUUUUGGGGUAAUGCCAGGGAAUGAGAGUGCUUUUGUUUGGAAAGAAAGGAAGGGAUGGAAGUAGCAACUAACCAGUGAAUUUUUAUUUAACAUGAUGUUAGAUAAUGUGUUACUAGCCUCCAAGUCUAGAGCCCCCAUAUGUCUUGUUGUAACCAUAUAACCCAGUCAGGAGCUUGCUGCCUGGAUGUGUUUGUGUUGGCAGAAGCCCUUAAGGUCACUAAUGCUGUGAUGCUGGCCUGCAGCGCUCCCACUGCUGCAACCCGGGCCCCUGGGCUUUGUUCUCUCCCACCUCUUGGACUAGUUCCUCUUUCAGCAGGUGCCAUCAUGCUGCCAAACCUUCCCAUGCCUGUUGUGUAUCCUUUCCUCAGCCCCUUGCCUGCAAGGUUGUGGCAGCUCUUUGAAUCUGCUGGAACAGGAGGCUCGUGGCUUGGGAGGCUGGGGCAGAGCAGAGAGAACAGAGCUGCAGCUCUGUAAAAACUCAUACAUCUCACCAGAAAAUAACUGGACAGUGGUAGUCCCCAUUGCAGAGUAUAAAUUAGGACUUUGUUUUAGGCACAUAUUUUAAUUGAUUUGAGCCUGGGUUAAAAGCUGAAGCUCCCUUGAGAGCUUCUGACAAAUCAUGAUGCCUACUCAUGUCUCAGUCUACUCUCCAGAAAUACUGCAGCCUCAUUCCCUGACUCCUCUUAUAGAGGUACAAGGAUGUAGCUUCAACUCACGUCACCUGAAUUUAUUACUUGCAGUAAUGAAACUGCAAGUAUGUGAUUGUCAAUGCAGUGAUGCCAAGGACAGAGGACUGGCCUUAUACUGACUGCUCUGCCAAGGGAGACUGUCUACUACACCAAAGAAUUUAGAGUCAAGAUAAGUUUUCCAAGGGCUGGAGAUGCUCUUAUUUUCUUUCAUUCAUGUGUCUAGUCUUUACUGGCCUUCCCUAAUGGCCUUUGAGCUAAUCAUUUGGCUGCUGUUCUUCUGAGUGUUUUGGGGAUAAGAGUUCAUAUUUGUUCAAAGCUUGAUGACUUCAGAAUCAUGACAUGCUGCUGGUGGUGGAACAAACAUGGCUGUGCU